CCGGUGCCCGAUCCAAGAUGGCGGUGCAGGAAUCAGCCGCUCAGCUCUCAAUGACUCUGAAGGUGCAGGAGUACCCCACUCUCAAGGUGUUCUAAGCUAACACACUUGAGGAGAGGAGGCACACCAUUUUUCUGACCCUUGAAAGGAAAGCAUAGUUCUGUAAUGGUUCCCCCCACCUAAUCGGGUGCCAUACGAAACACUGAACAAACGAUUCCGGGCUGCACAGAAGAACAUUGAUCGAGAGACCAGCCACGUGACCAUGGUGGUGGCAGAGCUGGAGAAGACGCUGAGCAGCUGCCCUGCUGUGGACUCAGUUGUCAGUCUCCUGGAUGGAGUCGUUGAAAAACUCAGCGUUCUGAAACGCAAGGCCGUUGAGUCAAUCCAGGCUGAGGAUGAAAGUGCGAAGCUCUGCAAGCGCAGGAUUGAACAUCUGAAGGAGCACAGCAGUGACCAGCCAGCUGCUGCCAACAUGUGGAAGAAGAAGCGCAUGGAUCGUAUGAUGGUGGAGCAUCUCCUGCGCUGUGGCUACUACAACACAGCUGUGAAGCUAGCCAGACAAAGUGGGAUUGAGGAUUUGGUAAAUAUUGAGAUGUUUUUGACUGCUAAAGAAGUGGAAGAGUCAUUGGAAAGACAAGAGACUAUGACUUGCUUGGCUUGGUGUCAUGACAACAAAUCCAGACUCAGAAAAAUGAAGAGCUGUCUGGAGUUCAGCCUAAGGAUUCAGGAGUUCAUUGAACUCAUUCGACAGAACAAGAGACUGGAUGCUGUGAGACAUGCAAGAAAGCACUUCAGUCAGGCUGAGGGAAGCCAGCUGGAUGAGGUUCGACAGGUGAUGGGAAUGUUGGCCUUUCCCUCAGACACUCAUAUCUCUCCCUAUAAGGAUCUUUUGGACCCUGCUCGAUGGAGAAUGCUGAUCCAACAGUUUAGAUAUGAUAACUACAGACUACAUCAGCUGGGAAACAAUUCUGUUUUUACUAUAACACUCCAGGCAGGCCUUUCAGCUAUAAAAACACCACAGUGUUAUAAAGAGGAUGGGAGCUCAAAAAACCCCGACUGCCCUGUGUGUAGCAAAUCCCUGAACAAGCUGGCUCAGCCCCUGCCGAUGGCACAUUGUGCCAACUCCCGACUAGUCUGCAAGAUUUCGGGGGAUGUAAUGAACGAAAAUAAUCCUCCUAUGAUGUUACCAAAUGGAUAUGUCUAUGGAUACAAUUCUCUGCUUUCUAUUCGUCAAGAUGACAAAGUAAUUUGCCCAAGAACCAAAGAAGUCUUCAACUUCUCACAAGCUGAGAAAGUCUACAUCAUGUAGGUCUGUAAAACACACGAAGUGCCGCUGGAAUUUUGACACGGUGUAUCUUGGCAUACCCCGUAAAGGGGGGGGCCUUAAUGUGUGGCGAAGAAGCAAAAGCUGCCACCUUGGGGAGCAGACCUGUCGGUGGCAUUAUUGUUUCUUGCGACCAAAGAUCAAUGAGCAACAAUAAACACUCUUGAAAGGAAAAAAA